AUAACCUGUGAUAUGGAUAAUCCUGAUGAAACUACUCCAAAUGUGAAGGAAUUGAAACACUUCUUUUCUAAAAAGAUAAGGGACAGAGCUGCCGGGUUUAAAGAUGCUGAAACUCCUGUUAAUGUGAAAAAAGUACCGAGGAAUAUACGUUCAGCUCAGGUUGCAGUUGGGAAUGUACAAGAAGGUCCUGAAACACAUCUUGAUCAAGAUACGAAGUCACUGCUUUAUAAAGAGAGUAAAAUAUAUACAAAUACUGCAGAGGCCCCAAAACCAAGAACAACAAGUAUACCACUUUCCUCAAAAGAAGAUCUAACAGACAUUCCACGGAUAAAUCUAAUUUUUGACCUUUUAGAAGACCUCUUAAGUUCAAAAGAAUUUGAAAUACUUAUCCCCGAAUUUUGUGAAUCAUUCCCAAACUAUUCUGAAGAACUAAAGAAAAGACGUGGAGAUUUAAAUAGGAACGACCUUUGUAUCAUCAUUGCAGGAGAAACAAGUGCUGGAAAAUCAACGCUUAUAAAUCGAUUGGUGGGAACAUCAUUAUUUAAGCCGCAGCUUGCCGAGUCAACUUCCACUAUUUGUAGAAUUCGCAAUUCAAACGACCCUAUUAGAAAGAUAUCAUACAAAGUCGUAAAUAAGGAGAACGAGACAGUAGAGGAGAGGAGUAUCGACCCAGGAUCAGAGGGAACAUUCGUUAAAUGUCUUCAGAGAUAUGUCGAUAAAGAUAAUGAUCAUGUUUCUAAAGGGAUAGAUCAUGUGGACGUUAGUCUAUAUGUGCCUUUCCUUAAGGGAAACACAAUGCUUGUUGAUACUCCAGGAAUCGGUGGAAGUUUGGAGCUUUCAGACAAAAUGAUGAAAUACCUACCUAAUGCAGUGUCGUUCAUUUUUGUUUCCAAUGUCACGAAUGCUGGAGGAGUGCAGAAUGAUAGGCUCGUCAAAAUUAUUCAAGAAGUCUUAAGAUUGCAUGAAGAAAAAGACAUUCCUUGCUUUGAUCCAGUAGAUGCACUAUUUGUUUCUAACAAGUGGGAUGCAAUUCAUCCUAGCGAGAGAGACGAUGCAUGGAUUGGUGUUCAGAAAGAGUUAAGAAAACAUUGGCCUGUUUCAAAUACAACGAAUAUUUUUAGAACAACCCUAAAGAGUGCAAAAGAGUCUGAAGCAGAAUUUGAAAAUGAAUACAAAAGAUUGGAAAGACGACUGUCAGAGAUUCUCGAGAAAAACCUAUACAUACGACAGUUCCAACAUGAAAAAUUUCUAAGGAACAUGCUGAAAACAAUUGAGGUGACUGUUAAAGGACGUCUACAUGUUGCUGCAAUGUCAAAAGAUGUCUGUACAAAAAAGAUGGAAAAUUUAGAAACACAAAUUUUAAUCCUUAGAGAGAGGAUGACAACGACCAAAAACGAUCUCAACCAGCUCAUAUCUGACACACUAACACAGCUUAGUCAGACGCUUAUCGAAGAAUUGAAUUCUGAUGAUGGAAAAGAAAGGAUCCUCAACCCACCGGGCAAAAAGGAAGUAGCCUCUGUCCAUUUCCUGAAAAUGCUAGAUGAAAUAAAAGAAAGACUUUACUCACAUACUAUUGAAUGGAAAAGAGGAGAAGUUGUCAUCGAAAAAUUAACAUUUGUCUUAGAAAGGAUCAAAGAAUGUUUUUCUGAUAUCCAAGAAGAAAUUCAAAGAAUCCAAAACAAUAUGACAGGAUCACAAGAGAAAAAAACACAAGAAAAAGCUGUUUCCUUCGAGUUAGACUCUCCCGUUAUAGUCGGUGUGUUAGAAUCGGCCCCGAAAUGGAUUGGAGUUUUAUCUGCAGCUAAAAGAAUCUGUGCAGUAGCCGAGUUUAUGCUUUCGCCAAUGACUCUAAUGAAAAUAAAGAAAUGGACAACCGAGGAAAAGAAAUUGAUUAUUAUUGAUGCAACAUACAGAGAUCUUGUGAAACAAUACAAUAUUGAAAAAGUAAAGUCAGACCUAGAGAGCACUUACGGAACUCACUACAGAAAACUUGUGGAAAGAUUAUUUAAUAAAAUAAUUGAAAAGCAGAUUACUAACAUAACGAGGACAAUUUUGAGAUUGAAAGGUGAAUGUGAAUGUUUCCAGAAUUGGAAAAGCGAACUCGAACAUCUCUUGAGUAGCCUAAACGAGAUUCAAAAACGCAUCAGUUAAAUUGGUCAAAGCUGCAUGCCGUUACUUC